CCAUCUGUUGCUAGUCUCAGUCAUCACUUCAUCGAUCGCUCUAGAGAGAGAAAAUGGUGAUAGAAGAAGAAAGUCCAAGGAGUCCAGAGGCGAAGCUCGGGAUGGAGUUGGAGGAGCUGUGGGACAUACAGGAGGCUCAGCUUACUCCGACCGAGAAGCUCAACGCUUGUUUCGAGAGUAUUCCUGUUUCUGAAUUCCCUCAUGCUUCGCCUUCACAAGUAAUUGAGAUUAAAUCGGAUGCAAGUCUAGGUGAAGCUGUCCGAUUGUUAUCCCAAAACAAAAUUCUUAGUGCGCCUGUUGUAAACGUCGAUGCACCAGAGGAUGCUAGUUGGAUCGACAGAUAUCUUGGUAUGGUGGAGUUUGCAGGCAUCGUCGUGUGGAUUCUUCAUCAGUCAGAAAAGAAUGAUGGAUCCGAUGUAUUCUCAAGCACAUUAGACAACUCUCUGAGACCUGCUGUUGUUGCAGCAGCUGGUGGAAUGUCUUCUCCAAGAUAUAGAAGCUCACAGCCUGGAUCUCCCAAAACCGCUGGAAACUUUUUCGAGUUAUUAACUUCCUCCGACUUCUAUAAAAACACAAAGGUUAAAGACAUCUCAGGAUCAUUUCGAUGGGCCCCAUUUCUGGCAUUACAAACAUCAAACUCGUUUCUCACCAUGCUUUUACUCCUCUCAAAGUACAGAAUGAAAAGCGUCCCAGUAGUGGAUCCAGAUGAUGGAAAGAUCCACAACAUCAUCACCCAAUCUGCUGUGAUUCACAUGUUGGAAGAAUGUGCGGAUCUACAAUGGUUCAAAAGCUGGGGAUCUAAAAAGUUAUGUGAACUUGGUCUUCCCUUGAUGAACACCAGUGAAGUUAUUAAAGUGGAUGAAGAUGAACCAGUUUUGCAGGCUUUUAGGCUCAUGAGACAGAAAGGAAUUGGUGGAUUACCUGUUGUUAAUGGAAACAAACCGGUUGCUAAUAUUAGUAUCCGGGAUAUUCAAUUUCUCCUAAUCGCCCCUGAGAUUUACAAAGAUUACAGAUCCAUCACUGCUAAGAACUUUGUGACGUCAGUUAAGAGGUAUUUAGAAGAGAACAAGAAGGCGUCGCCUUUGGUGAGUGGGAUGAUUACUUGUAGAAAAGAUGAUACACUUAAAGAAGUGAUAUUGAAGCUUGAUUCGAAAGAGAUACAUCGUAUAUAUGUGGUGGAUGAAGAAGGUGAUCUUGAAGGUGUGAUAACACUUAGAGAUAUAAUCUCAAGGAUUGUGCAUGAGCCACGUGGUUACUUUGGUGACUUUUUUGAUGGGGUGUUGCCUUUGCCUGCCAACAGCCGGGUUUAAGUUUAACUUUCACUUGUAUUGUAUUUCUAGUAAAGUUUGUUUGUUUGAUGUGUCGUGUUGUGUCUAACAAGAGUGCUAAUCUGUUUGAGUUUGUAAGCUUUGUUGAACUUGGUAUGUAUCAUGUCAUGUAUCUAUUUUUUGUUUUGUUUUCAA